GGUUCAGUUGGAUACAGACGGUCGGUGCGACGCCAGCUUUAACGGUGAUUGUCCGCAGUUUUCCAUACCGGGCUCACGAUUCGAAGCGUGGAUUUUCCUAGCGCUGGAAAAGCGGUUUGCUGUGUUCUGUUGUGAUUUUCCGAGUGGCGGAUCGAAGGGCUAACGGAAAAAUCGGUUCCGGCACGUGGAGUGAUACGUGUGGAAGCGCACAUUAGGAUUUAUGCGAAAUUGCCUGCGAAGAUAAGUUUCCAGUUAUUCUAAAAUCAACAUGACCUCAAACAAACCCAUAGUUUAUUGAUUCUUCGAAACGCAAUCUAAAUAUCAAAGUGGUGUAUAUAAGUCUGUGAAAUAUUCCUAACAAACCGACGUCCAAGAUAAAACUGAAGUCUCAAGCUCUGGAUUUCUCAGAAACCGCAAUCCUUCUGAAGAGCUUGAAGUGCUAGUGUUCUUAAGUAAAAGAAACAGCUUGUUCAAAACUGUAUGAAAAAGGCAACAAUUAUUUACCAAAUGGUCGUGUAAUGUACGUGACUGCCUGAGAAACCUGUGUAGUGGUCUGCAAAAGAUUCGUAAUCAAUUAGCACCGAGGAGUAACAAACAAGUGACAAAUUCCGACAACCGCCCGGUACGUGUUGGUGUGAAUGUACAACAUCCGGAAGUGUGCAGUUGGUACCACAGAGAAGCUUAUGCUGGCGGUAGUUGGGAUGUGAUGAGAAUAAAUUAUUGGAUGCUGCACUUGGUCGCAUUUAGUGGUUUUUAGUGGUGAAUAAAAUGGUGCACUAUGUGAAUCAAUUAGCUUCCGGGAAUGCAAUAAACAACAAUUCGGAGUGUGAUUAUCAACUGUCGUUGUUGGUGCUGAUUGAGUUGGCCCUAAGGGAUGACGAUUUGUAGUUUGUGAUUGGUAUCUGGAUUAAUCAUUGGACAUGCAUAUAUUUAGUGUUAGAUCAGUUAAAUCGAUCAAAUCAACUAGAAAGACCCACUCAUCGCCAGAGAAUAGAAAAUGCAUCCGUCAUUGCUGAGCUUCAUCAUAAAGUGCAAAUCCAAUUAAACAGAAAAUAGGAAAAUGCAGAGUGCAAUCAUCGGUGGACUGUUUUUGCUGGCAAAUUUACAUUUCAACCAUCACAAAGCGAGAGGCAUUAUCAACGGUGGUGGAAGUGGAAAUGGCGGCAGUGGUGUCAGUUCGCAGCAGCACAACAUCAUCAAAAAGUUUUCCCCACAUCCUUAUUUUGACUUUGACGUGCCUCGAAACAUCACAACUCGCGUGGGUCAGACGGCGUUCAUCAAUUGUCGCGUCGAGCAGAUCGGAGAUAAAUGGGUUUCCUGGAUACGAAAACGAGACUUGCACAUCCUCUCAGCGGGAAUGGUUGUUUACACCUCCGAUGAAAGAUAUCAGGUGACUCGUUCGGAGAAGUCGGAGGUCUGGACGAUGCAGAUCAAAUUUGCCCAACAGCGCGAUGCAGGCGCCUACGAGUGCCAAGUCAACACAGUGCCUAAAAUGUCGAUGACAUUCCAGUUAAAUGUAGUCGAGGCGAAAGCCCUCAUCCUCGGACCAACAGAUAUAUACGUAAAAAUUGGCAGCGCUGUGACGCUGACAUGUAUCAUCACCCAAGGACCACACGAUUUGGGUACAAUCUAUUGGUAUCGAGGAACAAAUAUCAUCAAACCAACGGAGACACAUCCCAACGAGACAUCGAUAGCAUAUCCGCCACGAAUAUCAGUAGAUCUCAAGUGGACCGAAGCUUUAACUUCGAGACUGAAAAUAUUGGACGCCAAGCUUUCCGACUCGGGCAACUACACAUGUAUGCCUACGUCUGCGGAAGCGAGCAGUGUGAUGGUGCAUGUGUUGAACGAGGAAAAUCCAGCAGCCAUGCAACGAGGAGGCACCAUCGCUCGGCACAACUCGACCACCUGCCAGCUUUACCUGUUGGCUUUCCUGGUAAUUCUGUUUUCCCGAGUCUACCGGUCUAGUUGGCACUCGUAGCAGUAGCUGUAAACUGCCCGCUUCAAAUUCAUCUCCUAUCGGGUGAGAGUACCAAACCCACUUUACCCACCCCAAGGGCCAACAUCCAAAGUGAAGGAGAAAAAAAUAGACGUGAACGAAAUCAAUUUUGGGAGGCGAUAUCCGGGUUUGGAAUGGUGCUAUAACCAGGCAGUAUCGAGAGCAACGUUUGGUUAUUGCAAGCAAGAUAUCGUCACCAGGAACCGAAACCAAAUGUGAUUAGUGAAAUAAAUCUAGUGUAAGAUAAUAUAAGACAAAUCCGGUCAAACGUAGAGAGAAAACUCAUUCGAAUCAUCUGUAAAUAAAACUAGCAUUCAAAGUAGAUUGAACACAAAACGAAUACAUUGUUUAUAAUGGGUUUUCUAUGAGGUUAAGUAACCAAAUUAGAAACCUUCCAAAACUCAUUUUAAUUGUGAGUGAAUGAGAGACAGUUGCUGUGAACAUGUUGAAAUAAAUUGAAAUCCAAAACAA